AUGAAGUACCUGGCUGUUCUUUUGGCUUUUGCCGCCUCUUCCAAUGCUGCUUGGUGCAACGCCGGAUGGGGCAAGCCUGCUGGAGCCUCAUGUCCGUCUGGCUACUGCGAAGAGCCUGGAAGUCAACACGGGGACUUUGGGUCGGAGAAAGUAUGCGUCAACCCGUCCAACGGCGCCGGCACUGCGCCUGUUCUGAGUUCAUGCCUGGGUAGCGGUUGUCCGUAA